GUGGCCGAAUCCAAAUGGGUUGAGAGCGCCGGCACUUACUUCCACCGCGAGGGACAGGAGUACAAAGAUCAGCGCACUUACGUUGAUUUGGUCUACAAAAUGCCCGACCAAUAUUGUGACAAGUGCAUGGGCCCGGGUGAUCAUGUCAUACCAUUUGAGUUUACUUUGCCGGAUGAAGGUAUUCCCUCAUCAUUUGAAGGCCCAAACGGAUCGAUACACUAUUACAUAACUGCUAACAUUGACCAGGCGCAUAAGAUUUCUUAUAAAUUUACUGUGGACUCACCUAUGCAAACUAAUUUUAAAGUCUCAGUGGGUGGCAGCGUUGAGAAGGUGUUUGACUUUCCCAGCAUUGGCAGUGGAAUUAUGAGACUCCAUGCUAGUUUGGUUAAAAAAGGAUUUGCUCCGGGUGACACUAUUGCGGUCCACUGUACAGUUGAGAAUCAUUCGACAGUAGACGCGACCCCUCGGGUCACUCUAUACGAGACUCAGGUGUAUAUGUGUGGCGAACGGCAUAAGUCACUGCAGGCGGCCAUAACCGGACCGGAAUUGGGCCAUACAGUCGGCCAACAAACCUGUGACACG